UGCCAAAAUGAACCUGCCCCCCGAGCUGGAGGUCCCUUGGACGUGCCAGCUGUCAGGCGUUCCCAAGGUCCCACAAGCCAACAUCAUUUUGUGUAUUCCUGGUGGAGUAUUCCCUGAGGCAUGCAGUCACCCAGCCUGCACCGAGACCACGAAGGAGGACCACUGCCUAGAGGACGGCGGGAAGAAAGACGGCAGCAAGGUGGACGACGUCGGUGGAGACGUCAAUUCUGGGUUUGACGACCUUGCCCUGACCCUGUGGUCUGACCGAGCCAGGCGCUCCAGGUCGUGCGCGCCCUCCCUGCAAAGUCGCCCCUCACGCACCCUGAGGGCAAGGUCAGUCGCCCCGUUCUACAACAACCCUCCUAGCUCCCCGUCCUCGUGCGGGAGUCGCUCUCCGACCCGCGGCCGUUCAAGACUCAGGAGGUCGGCACGAAGCGUCUCGAGACCACCGCCAUCCAGAUCUCGUCGAAAGUCAUCCAGAUCUCGUCGAAAGUUAUCCAGGUCACGAAGCAGGACUCCCUCACCGCCACGGGCCCGCAGCAGGCAGUCUCCACGGCGAGGUCGAUCAAGAGCACCAAGACGCUCCCGCAGUCGGUCAUCUUCCCGCCGGUCAUCUCCCCGUCGGUCAUCUCCGCGUCGGUCUUCUUCCCGUCGGUCACCCUCCCGUCGGUCACCCUCCCGUCGGUCACCCAACCGUUGGACACCUACCCGAUGGUCGCCUCACCGUCGGUCACCUCACCGUCGGUCACCUCCCUGUCGGUCACCUCCCCGUCGGUCGCCUCCACGUCGGUUCGUUCGAAGCAAGUCGUUGGCACCCUCGCGGGUCAACCCGAGCAGGGCGUGUGCCCCUAAAAUACCAGUGAGGAGUUCACCACCAAGGGUAGGAGGGAGGUCACGGUCAAGGAAGUCACGGACCCCGUCGCCCUCCCAGCGCUAUCGCCGCUGUACGUCCUAUGCUCCCCGGAGGUCCAGGAGCAGGACUCCGCGCAGGUCGCGUGGGUCUAGGAGGUCACGGAGCAAGUCACGGGUGUCUCGAAGGUCAAGAAGUAAGACGCCUACGCGCAGGUCGCGGGCUAGUUCACCACCCUGCAGGAGGCGAUCAGUGAGCACGUCGAGGUCGAGGAGCAGAACACCAUCCCGCUGUGUAUCGCGAGGUUCCAGGCGAUCAAGAUCUCCACGCCGCAGGUCGCAAGUCUCGAGGGGGUACCGCUCUCGCACCAGGUCCCCGGAUAGGAAGUCGCGGUUCAGCAGUCGGUCACGGUACGGGAACUCGUCCCGCAGCAAGUCCCAAGCGCCUCGUGCCAGCACACCGGACCGCAGGAGGUCUCGGGCCUGCAGCAGCUCAAGGGGCCGAACGCCACCGCCCCGCAGCAAGUCCGUAGCCCCGCCGCGGUCCCGGGCCAGGUCGAGGAGGUCCAGAAGCAGAACUCCCCCGGCCGCAUCCCGUCGCGGGAGGGGCAAGUCCACGGCACCCAUGGCUGCGCACAGCCCAUCUCUGCGUGUCUCUCAGCCAGACCGUCGAAGGGGCCGCUCCUGCGCCCCGGCGGCCAGCACCAAGAGGCGCCCUUCGCCGCCAAAGCGGGUGCCGCCCAAGAAGAAUCUCAAAGGAAACGACCCCGCGAAAAGGUCAAGCCCUCCGUGGCUGUCCAGCGCAUUCACCCUGGUGUCCGUUGCCUCACUGGACUGCCAGCGAUGCGAGGGCGUCGGUUACAAGGUGUUACCCGAGACGAGCUCUGCCUGCUUUGGCAUGGCCGUGUGCGUGUGCUGCCAGGGCCUCGACGGCCUGCAUCGGGUCGGCCUCAUCGGCCUCGCCUUCUCGCGACACUGCGAGGCGCGGGGAGCUGCGCGCGUGCUGGCCUCUACGAGCAGCUGCCAGGCGGAGGCAGAGCCGGCCGCGGAGGCCUUCGCCAAGAGGCCGGCGUGGCGGUACCGCUACUUCUGGUACCUGGUCGAGGACGAGGACCACGACGGCCUGGAGUCCCUGCGCGCCGCCCUGGGGGAGAUGGCCGCCGUGCUGCGCGACCGCUGGGAGUCCUGCGGGGGGUCGUGGUGCACGCAUUGCCUCGCUCACGGAGUGGCGCGUCGCCUCGGUGCAGACCACGUGAUCACUCAGUGCGUUCACCGGGUGUGCUGGUGUUGGCUGUGUCAGAGCGACUCGCCCUACCCCAGCCUGCUGGCCAAGCACGGCAUCGACAAGAUCCCCAGCAUCAGCUUGGAGAGGAGCGUGAUGCCGACGACGACCGAGGUGCGUGCACCGUCUCCCAGCCCAACCAAGAAGCCAGAGACGGAGAUGUCCAAUCGCGUCCACACAUUCCAGAUGAGCUUGCAAGAUGUAGUGAACCAGCUCGUGAAGAAGGAGCUGGGCUUUGACCAGGAUCAACAGGCGCCCGCAGUGCCGGUGCGCUCGUCAGUCAUCGUGCUGGGGCCUGCGGUUGAUGAAGGGGACGGGGACGGGCGCUCUUCUUGUGUUGGCAAUACAAAAGAGGACGCCGUCGCUUCGGCCUCGACGCAUGGCCCGGAAGCUGGGGGCAGUGCCCAGCACCGCGCCGACGAUGAUCUCACCUCGCCCAAGCAGAGGGAGCGGCGGCGGCAGUCCGGCACGCUGCUGUCCUCCGACUACAUUGAAGAAAUCCUGAACCAGAAGCCAGGAGCGGGGCGGAGGGGCGCAAGGAUGUGCAAGGCCUGUCGCGCCCACGACGUGUCCACGUCCUCUCGCGGCCACAGAGGCAACUGCCCCUUUGCGGACUGCCAGUGCGUCCUCUGCGCCACGGACACGUGCUCGACGGCCUCGUCCCGCCUGUCGCGCGCAUCCACGCCGUCGACGUGCUCGGAGCUGUCUUCGCCGGCCCCCGUCCGGCCGCAGACCCCCGAGGCAACCGCACCGUCAUUCGCGGCGCUGUCUCCUGAAGCGCCCGUCCUGAGGCCCUUCUGGAAGACGUCCCCCUCCUCGCCACCACCAGGGGCACCGCCGUUGUCCCCCACAACUCCCCCGCCGGCUGAGCCCCAUGCGCGCGACGCCGGCGCCGGACCUGAACCGAGCCCAGUGCGACCGUUGGUUGAGCCCGACGUGGACGCCGUCCCCAGCGGUCUCGGUGCACCUACCUCCUUGGCACCGCUGAUUAGGGUGGAACCAUCCCUUCAGAAGAUGUCGGCUUACUUCUCCGUGGACGGGGCCCUCCCUGAGCUACCGCCGCCGGCCCAGCUUGCCGAGGCUUCUGCCGACCGUCUGUCUCCGGAGCUGGCGCGGCCAUGCACUCCCCCGCUUUUGUCCGUCAAGCGGGUCAGGCCGCAGGUCUUCUCGCCGCAGCGUAACCCAUUCAACAACGCGAAUGACGACGACAUAGAUCUUGCCUACGCGUGCCUGUGGUGCGGCCAGUCUUUUCAGGACGAGGCCGCGGCGGACGUCCACGCCCUGACGCACGCCGAGGAGGACGCCGAGCCCGAGCAGGAGGCCAGGUGUGCAGGCGAGACUCGGCGCAGCGAGCCUCACGUGAGCGGUUUGAAAGGGUUGUCGCAGCAAAGUCUGAGUUGUUUUGUCCCCGAUGCGCAGAGAGUACAGCCCCCAGCAAAGUCAGCUCUGAUGCAGCACGUCCCGGCCCCAGUGCAGCACACCACGACCCUCGUGCAGCACACCACGACACUGGUGCAGCACACCACAGCCCUGGUGCAGCUCAGCUCGACUCCGGCGACGCACACCCCGACCAGUAUGCAACACUCAGUAGCGUCGGUGCCGCACGUCCCGGCCCCGUUGCACCAAUCUACAGCGUUGGUGCCACACGGCCCUGCCCCAGUGCACCAAUCUACAGCAUUGGCGCAGAACGCCCCGGCCCCAGUGCACCACUUCACAGCCGUGGCUCCGCGCGCCUCGGCCCCGGUGCACCAUUCUACAGCCAUGGCGCUGCGCGCCCGAGCUCUGUUGCACCAAUCCACAGCUAUGGUGCCGCGCCCCCGAGCCCCGGUGUACCAGUCUACAGCUAUGGUGCCGCGCGCCCAAGUCCCGGUGCACCAAUCUACAGCCAUGGUGCAGCGCGCCCAAGCCCCCGCGCACCAGUCUACAGCAAUUGUGCCACACGCGCAAGCCCCGGUGCACCAAUCUACAGCAUUGGUGUCGCACGCCCUAGCCCCGGUGCACCAAUCUACAGCCAUGGUGCCGCGCGCCCAAGUCCCGGUGCCCCAAUCUACAGCCAUGGUGCAGCGCGCCCAAGCCCCGGUGCACCAAUCUACAGCUAUGGUGCCGCACGCGCAAGCCCCGGUGCACCAAUCUACAGCCAUGGUGCAGCGCGCCCAA